UCUCCUCCUCUCUCUCUCCAGUACUACAGCGCUCAUCCCUCAUUUUUUUGCCACUCGUCUUAGCUGCAAAAAUGUCCACAGCUGGUAAGAUCAUAAAGUGCAAAGCAGCAGUGGCCUGGGAGCCCAACAAGCCUCUGGUAAUUGAGGAAAUUGAGGUAGCCCCGCCUCAGGCCAAUGAAGUCCGAAUCAAGAUUGUGGCAACUGGGGUGUGCCACACAGAUCUGUAUCAUCUGUUUGAGGGUAUGCAUAAAGAUGGCUUCCCAGCAGUCCUUGGUCAUGAGGGAGCUGGCAUCGUAGAGAGCGUUGGGCCCGGAGUCACUGAAUUCCAACCAGGAGACAAAGUUAUCCCUCUGUUCAUCUCCCAGUGUAGAGACUGUCGCUUCUGCAAGAGCCCUAAGACCAACCAGUGUGAGAAAGGAUGGGCUGCUGAUAGUCAUGAUGUGAUGUCAUCGGCAGAGUCCAGGUUUACCUGUAAGGGCAAGAAGGUGUUGCAGUUUAUGGGAACUAGUACCUUCUCUGAGUACACUGUGAUUAACCAGAUCGCUGUGGCUAAGAUCGACCCCGCUGCCCCUCUGGACAAAGUCUGUCUCCUUGGGUGUGGGAUCUGCACUGGAUUUGGAGCAGCAGUCAAUACUGCUAAGGUAGAACCGGACUCCACAUGUGCUGUGUUUGGCCUGGGCGCUGUGGGUUUGGCUGCAGUCAUGGGAUGCAAGGCUGCAGGAGCCAAGAAGAUUAUUGCUGUUGACAUCAAUCCAGAAAAGUUUGAGAAGGCCAAAGUGUUUGGUGCAACCGACUUUGUGAAUCCCAAGGAUCACAAUAAACCCAUCAGCCAAGUGCUGUCUGAGAUGACCAAUGGAGGAGUGGACUUCUCCCUGGAAUGUGUUGGGAAUGUGGGAGUUAUGCGCAGUGCCUUGGAGUCUUGUAUUAAGGGUUGGGGUGUCAGUGUGCUGGUUGGUUGGACUGACAUGUACGACUUUUCUGCCCGACCAAUUCAGCUCAUCGCCGGACGCACAUGGAAGGGCUCCCUGUUUGGAGGAUUUAAGAGUAAGGAUGGAGUGCCUCAGAUGGUUAAAGCCUACCUGGACAAGAAGGUGAAGCUGGAUGAGUUCAUUACUCAUAGCAUGAACUUGGACCAGGUCAAUGAUGCCAUUGAACUGAUGAAGCAUGGCAAAUGCAUCCGGACAGUCCUGAGUGUUUCACCACAAUAAGACCCCUGUGUUGCUUUCAGUGACCCCACAUGAUUGGAUGAGCUGCAGCUCUGUUGCACUGAAUGAUAACACAAUAUUCAUACACACAAUAGAGUGCACACAAUUAAGAGUUCUAUCAAAUGAAGCACAACAUACAUGACUGACCUCGAACAAUCAAUGCUUUUCAGUGAAUUAUGUGCAGAUGGUGAGAAACAUCUGCAGUGUUCACAUAAGCAGAUGGGACCUGUUGCUUUCAUGUUGCUGUUCUGAUUUUGUUGUGUUGUGUUGCAUGUCACAGGAAUUGUUUUUAUCGAUGUCUGCGUCAUGUUAUUAAAUUCUGUGUUGCACCGUAUUUAGUGUGAUGAGUGUGCACACGUCUCUCAUGAAAA